UUACACGAGGAUCAGUUUAUAUCGUUCGCAGCCGUCAACAGCAGUGUAUUCUUUGCCUCGGAUAUAAAUACAGCGGGGGGUACCCUGCCUAACACCCUGUUCUCCGUCCACAAGAUGUACCGCUUCCUAGUCUGUGCUCUCGGGCUUCUGGGGACAGUCCUCGCUCAGUCAGUCGACAGUUAUGUCGGCAGCGAAGGCCCCAUAGCAAAGGCCGGCGUCCUUGCCAACAUUGGGCCGAACGGCUCAAAGGCCUCUGGUGCAGCCGCCGGCGUGGUGGUGGCUAGCCCCAGCAAGUCGGAUCCCGACUAUUGGUACACUUGGACGCGUGACUCGUCACUCGUUUUCAAGUCUCUCAUUGAUCAGUACACCACUGGUAUCGACAGCACGAGUUCGCUGAGGUCUCUGAUAGACAGUUUCGUUAUUGCCGAGGCCAACAUUCAGCAGGUCUCUAAUCCCAGCGGCACUCUUACUACCGGCGGCUUGGGAGAGCCAAAAUUCAAUGUCGAUGAAACUGCAUUCACCGGUGCAUGGGGUCGACCCCAGCGCGACGGACCUGCGCUCCGUGCGACUGCUUUGAUCACCUACGGUAACUGGCUCUUGUCAAACGGGAACACGACCUGGGUUACCAGUACGCUGUGGCCGAUCAUCCAGAACGAUCUCAACUACGUCGUUCAGUACUGGAACCAGACCACCUUCGACCUCUGGGAAGAAGUGAACUCUUCCUCGUUCUUCACCACUGCAGUGCAGCACCGUGCCUUGCGCGAAGGCGCAGCCUUCGCUACCAAGAUCGGUCAGACCUCCUCGGUCAGCAGCUACACAACCCAAGCGGCGAAUCUACUUUGCUUUUUGCAGUCUUACUGGAACCCCACUUCCGGAUAUAUCACCGCUAACACUGGCGGUGGUCGGUCCGGCAAGGACGCCAACACCCUCUUGGCAUCCAUCCACACUUACGACCCCAGCGCGGGCUGCGAUGCCACGACCUUCCAGCCCUGCUCCGACAAAGCCCUCUCGAAUCUGAAGGUUUACGUCGACUCCUUCCGUUCUGUCUACUCCAUCAACAGCGGUAUUGCCUCUAACGCCGCUGUCGCCACUGGUCGCUACCCGGAAGACAGCUACCAGGGCGGGAACCCAUGGUACCUCACUACGUUCGCCGUCGCCGAGCAGCUCUAUGACGCCCUCAAUGUCUGGGCUGCUCAGGGCUCCCUCAAUGUCACCUCCAUCUCCCUCCCCUUCUUCCAGCAGUUCUCCUCUAGUGUCACUGCCGGCACUUACGCUUCGAGCUCCACCACUUACACGACUCUGACCUCCGCCAUUAAGAGCUUCGCGGAUGGAUUCGUCGCUAUCAACGCCCAGUACACGCCGUCCAACGGUGGCCUCGCUGAGCAGUUCAGCAGGAGCAACGGCUCUCCCGUCAGCGCUGUUGACUUGACAUGGAGCUAUGCAUCCGCAUUGACCGCGUUUGAAGCGAGGAAUAAUACUCAGUUCGCCGGCUGGGGCGCGGUAGGUUUGACUGUGCCGACCUCGUGCUCCAGCAACAGUGGUGGAGGCGGAGGAUCGACUGUCGCCGUGACGUUCAACGUGAACGCCCAAACGGUUUGGGGCGAAAACAUCUACAUCACUGGCUCGGUUGACGCUCUGAGUAACUGGUCUCCCGACAACGCCCUCUUGCUCUCGUCCGCCAACUACCCGACCUGGAGCAUUACCGUGAAUUUACCCGCGAGCACUGCCAUUCAGUAUAAGUAUAUUCGCAAGAACAACGGAGCUGUCACCUGGGAAUCCGAUCCCAACAACAGCAUAACUACUCCAGCCAGCGGCUCCGUGACCGAAAAUGACACCUGGCGUUAAAGAGAAGCAUCGCAGUCUGUUGUCGUCUCACAAAACUCGCUUCUUUCAUACUUUCAUUUGAGAUCCGAUCGUUGUAUAACUGAACCUUACUCGAACGUAGCAAGGCUUCAGGUUGACUGUCUUUACUAGUACAAAAUUUGUAGCCCUGUGUAAGAGGUCGAGUGUAUACAAGAGAUAAAAUCAAACAGAUCAUAUCCUGC